AUGUCUACAACUUCAGAAAAGUUACAAGAUGGCAGAGGGCUGCAAAUCGUGAGCCCGAAGCCUGACCACACAUUUGAGCUAGAUGAGAAGGCCCUAGUGGCUUUACUUGAUAGCCCUGACAUCAGAAACCGAUCAGUAAUUCUUGUGUCAGUUGCCGGCGCAUUCAGGAAGGGCAAGUCCUUCCUUCUUGACUUCUUCCUGCGGUACCUGCAUCAUACGUACGUAUUAAAUUUGAAAGACGGAGAUUGGCUGGGAGCUGAGGACGAGCCGCUUCAGGGCUUCAGCUGGCGCGGCGGCUCCGAGCGCCACACCACCGGCCUGCUGCUUUGGUCGCAGCCCUUCAAAGCGACGCUCGAGAAUGGAGAGGAGGUUGCCAUCUUCCUCAUGGACACGCAGGGCACUUUUGACAGCCAGUCGACCGUGCGGGACAACGCGACAGUAUUCGCACUCUCCACCAUGAUAUCAUCCGUCAUUAUCUACAAUAUCUCGCAGAAUAUUGAAGAGGAUGACCUGCAACACUUGCAGCUUUUCACAGAUUACGGCAGAGUGGCGUUGGAGAAGACAGAAGGAAAGCCCUUCCAACACUUACAGUUCUUGGUGAGGGACUGGAGCGUGCCUUACGAGUAUCCAUACGGAGCUGAAGGCGGACAAAGACUUUUGGAGAAGAGACUCGAGGUGAAUGAAAACCAACAUGAAGAGCUGAAAACUCUUCGGCGAGAGAUCAAAUCGUUCUUUGCGAAGUUGUCGUGCUUUCUGUUACCGCACCCAGGCAUGAAGGUUGCAACGAGCCGCGAGUUCAACGGCAAAUUGUCCGACAUAGACGCGGAGUUCAAGAAGCAGCUGAAAGACCUCGUUCCGAUGCUUUUGGCACCGGAGAACUUGAAGCCCAAGGUGAUGUCGGGAGAGAUGCUGAAGGCAAAGGAACUGUUCCACUACAUUAAGGCUUACAUGGAAGUGUUCAAUGGAAGUGAAUUACCAGUUCCUCAGACCAUUCUAGAAGCCACGGCGCAGGCAAACAACUUGUCGGCGGUGGCAGAGGCGCGCGAGGUGUAUGAGACGCUGAUGGAGGAGGCUGCGGGAGGCUCCCGGCCCUACCUGCAGCCCGCCGCGCUCGCGCGGGAGCACCGCCGCGCGCGCGACAAGGCUCUACACAGCUUCCACGCCAAGAAGAAGAUGGGCGGCGACGCAAAGUCGGAGGUUUAUAAGGAACAGUUGAUUCAGGAACUAGAAGAAUACUUCGAAAGGCUGCGCGCUCAAAACGAAAGCAAGAACAUAAUGAAUAUGAUCGGCACGCCGGUGGUGUUCGCUGCGGUGCUGGUGGUGGGGUUCGUGGUGAGCAUGGUGGCGGACUCCGUGGGAAUUCGGCCGCUGAGACUCGUCGGCCACCUGCUGUCGCUUGCAGCCUUCGUCAUGCUCUCCAUCUGGGGUUAUAGCAGGUUUACGGGCCAGCUGCGGGAUAUCAGUGAAGAGCUGGACAAAAUAGCGAGGACGGUACGGAAUUAUAUUAUCCAAAAUAUAUCACCAUCGGGAAGGCUUCCGGAAGCAAUGUCAACAGAACAUGACCACAAAAAAGAAUAG